GGCGCCCGGGCCGCCGCUGGCCCGCGUCCCCGCUCGGAAUGAAGGUGUUCCGCAGGAAGGCGCUGGUACUGUGCGCGGGCUAUGCGCUGCUCCUGGUGCUCACCAUGCUCAAUCUACUGGACUACAAGUGGCACAAGGAACCGCUGCAGCAGUGCAGCCCGGACGGCCCGCUGGGUGCCGCGGUGGGGGCAGCUGGGGGCAGUUGGGGGCGCCCUGGCCCUCCCCCGGCUGCUCCACCCCGCGCACACAGUCGCUUGGACCCCCGGACCCCGUACCGCCCUCCUGCCGCCGCCGUCGGAGCGGCUAAAGCGGCAGCAGCGGCGGGGUUGUCAGGGGCCGCAGCCCCUCCGAGCAAUGGCACUAGAGGCACUGCGGGCAGCGGGGACAAGCGUCAGUUGGUGUACGUGUUCACCACGUGGCGCUCGGGCUCGUCCUUCUUUGGUGAGCUCUUCAACCAGAACCCCGAGGUAUUCUUCCUCUACGAACCAGUGUGGCAUGUAUGGCAAAAACUGUACCCAGGGGACGCCGUUUCCCUGCAAGGUGCAGCGCGGGACAUGCUGAGCGCUCUCUAUCGCUGUGACCUGUCUGUCUUCCAGUUGUACAGCCCCGCGGGCAGCGGGGGGCGCAACCUCACCACGCUGGGCAUUUUUGGCGCGGCCACGAACAAGGUGGUAUGCUCCUCACCUCUCUGCCCUGCUUACCGCAAGGAAGUCGUGGGGCUGGUGGAUGACCGCGUGUGCAAGAAGUGCCCGCCCCAGCGCCUAGCGCGCUUCGAGGAGGAGUGCCGCAAGUACCGCACGCUGGUCAUCAAGGGCGUGCGGGUCUUCGACGUGGCGGUGUUGGCACCGCUGCUACGAGACCCAACCCUGGACCUCAAGGUCAUUCACUUGGUGCGCGACCCCCGUGCUGUGGCCAGCUCUCGCAUCCGCUCGCGCCACGGUCUCAUCCGUGAGAGCCUGCAAGUGGUGCGCAGUCGGGACCCUCGGGCCCACCGCAUGCCCUUCUUGGAGGCCGCUGGUCACAAACUGGGCGCCAAGAAGGAGGGCGUGGGUGGCCCUGCAGACUAUCAUGCGCUGGGAGCCAUGGAGGUCAUCUGUAAUAGCAUGGCCAAGACCCUGCAGACGGCCCUGCAGCCCCCGGACUGGCUGCAGGGCCACUACCUAGUGGUGCGGUACGAGGACCUGGUGGGAGACCCCGUGAAGACCCUACGGAGGGUAUACGACUUUGUGGGACUGCUGGUGAGCCCUGAAAUGGAGCAGUUUGCCCUCAACAUGACCAGCGGCUCGGGCUCCUCAUCUAAACCUUUCGUGGUGUCAGCUCGUAAUGCCACGCAAGCCGCCAACGCCUGGCGGACCGCCCUCACCUUCCAGCAGAUCAAACAGGUGGAGGAAUUUUGCUACCAGCCCAUGGCUGUGCUGGGCUAUGAGCGGGUCAGUAGCCCAGAGGAGGUCAAAGACCUCAGCAAGACCCUGCUCCGGAAACCCCGGCUCUGAAGGGGUGGUGGGAGGGUCCCUGGAAACCUGACUCCCUGGGGAGACACCCAGAGGAAGAUUGUGGUGUGUUUGAACAAAAACAGCCCAGACCCAAACUGAGGAAGCCCACAUAUUCUAUUAUAGAUCUAUAAUAUAAAUAACCACGCAGGCACUUGCUGUCAGUGUUUUGAGUCAUUGAAUUUCAAGGAAGAGCCACAACACACAUCUCAAAAAAGGCAACACUUGAAAGUUCUGAGAGUUGCCCUUUCCCUGCUCUCCUACCCCUGUUUACUCUUCUUCCCACCUUUUACCUUUUCCCCUACUAGCCUUCCAUGUUGAAACGGGAUGUUGAGCAAAUCAAGAUCCAGUAAGGGCAAAUCUUGUUUACAAAAUUUUUGUGGUAAUCUGUGAACAUGUAAAGGAGUAAUUUGGAUGUGGGGGAUGGGGUGGAGGAGGGAAAGUCCAGCUGCGAAAAGCCCCUUUGGGCUGAUAAAGCCUGGAGGCAGCCUUCUAGAGUAGACUUGUGUAAAGAGCAAAGGCUAUAUGUGAGUAACAGUAAAGAAGAUAAUAAAUAAUAUUCUCUUU